AUGUCUCUUUUAAAGCGCACUACAUCUCCCUUAUCCUCGCCUCCAUCUGGACAAUAUGUCCGACGGACCUCUGAAUCGAACAUACCGUCGCGCCCUCAGAGCAUCAUCGAUCGGCCUAUGACAGCCCAGAAGACACACAACAUCCCCGAAGAACCACUCAGCAGCCACGAAACAACAGAACACCCCACCUCCCACCUCCCCGAAGAUGACCGACAUCACGAAAGCCCAUCAACUGCACAACCACCGUUCCAGCCAUUUUUCACACUGAUCGAAGACGCCAACACUACCGAAUACUACCACCCCACAGUUCACUAUAUCUUCUCCGACGAUGACACAGACAUUUUGACAGAGGCAGCCUUGCGGUCUCUGGAAACAGAACAGGACGCUCUUUCACAUGGCACAAAAGGGAGAUCGAAGACCACACACAAUCCCCUACACAGCAGUGGUGGUAAGGAAGAUACGUAUGAUGAGGAUGAUGAUAUUUCCAGCCCAAGGAAGGCACCGUUACUUCCACCCUCGAUCCCUGGAGUGCGAGAUAGUUACAUCAUUUUGGAUGUGGAUUCUACGUCUUCUAACGAGGCGCAUCUAAACAUUGUUUUGAAUCGCAAUAACAGUGGAGUCAGUGGUACCUCGCCAGGAACUCAAGCAAUAGUCCAAACGCAACAGCCGCUUAAUUCUCAAAACCAGCAUUCACAGGAUCGACAAGGACUGCCGUCUCACCAGUUUACGGUCACAUCCGCGCGCAGCUUAACACCUGCAUGGCAAGUCUUGAACACAGAACUUGUCCCGGCACCAACUUUCGAGAAUAACCUAUCGGGCGAGCAACCACUGAAUGGUGGUUUGAUGUUGAAGAUUCAGGGAACGGCUGGUUUACCUAGGAAGGAUCGAGAUAGGGAGAAAAGUAGCCAACGUCUGGAAGACAUGAUGGACCAGUUCUCAAAGCGCCUGAGUGAACUCAGACAAGUUAUAGAAGCUGGCGAGCAGGGGAACUUUGCGGAUGAGCUGACUGAAGAAAUUAAGCCAACGGAACUAGGCACGGAGAAUACUCCUGGCGUGAGCAUUGAUGGGCAGUUCGAUACUCCAACUCAAGCUGAGAAUGCUACGAGGAACGAAGGCGCUCAACAUUCAUGA